CUGAGUACGUACACAACCUCUGUGAGUGCAGUGAAAAUUUGGCCGAGAGUACUGUGCACGUGUUGCUAGAAACUGAACUACUGUGACUGUGGAGUGUGGACUGUGGUGGUAAUCAAUCCCGGCAUCUCCUCUCUGCCUUCACCGCUUCACGGGAGGCCGGUAUCGCUCGGAUCCUGCCAACUCCGGCACCACCACCUCCACGAGCGUUCGGCUUCCACUGUUUGUCCGCACACCUACAAACAACGCCCUCCUUUCCCUCGCUUGUCUCGCUCUCGCGCUGCCUGUGCCCGCUGUCUGUCAGUUCACGUUACCGGCCCCGGGAUAAGCCAAGCUUCUUCCUUCCACGCUUCUUCACCAUAGCAAAUCGGCAAUGGAUUCCUCUAGAUGCAUCGGCUUCCGCCACAGCCCGGUCCUGUUUCUGUUGCUCGCCGUCGUGUCCCUGGUCGGCACGUCGCGUGCCAGGGAGGCGCCGCUGCCGCUGCCCGUGCAGGUGGCGGCGGUCGGCAGCAGGCGGGCGCCGGAGCGGCACGGGCUGUCGCCGGACUUCUACGCCAAGACGUGCCCGGCGGUCGACCAGAUCGUCGCCAACGUCACCGCCGCUCGGUACCGUGACUACCCCGCCGCCGGACCCGCCGUGCUCCGCCUCUUCCACCACGACUGCUUCGUGGAAGGCUGUGACGCGUCGAUACUGAUCGCGCCGACGGCCGACGCGAGAGGCACGGCGGCGCGGGCGCCCAAGGUGGAGCGGGACGUGGAGGAGAACAAGAACCUUUCGCAGGAGGCGUUCGACACGGUGGAGAUGGCCAAGGCCGCCGUGGAGAGCAAGUGCCCCGGUAUCGUCUCCUGCGCCGACGUCCUUGCCCUCGCCGCCCGAGACUACGUCCAACUGGUGGGUGGGCCGUACUACCCGGUGAAGAAGGGCCGAAAGGACAGCAAGGUGUCCCUGGCGGGCAAGGUGCGCGGCAGCCUCCCGCGCGCCAACUCCACGGUGGACGAGCUCCUCCGCGUGUUCGCCUCCAAGGGCCUGGACGCCGGCGACCUGGUGGCGCUCUCGGGCGCGCACACCGUGGGGUUCGCGCACUGCGUCCACUUCCUGGGCCGCAUCUACGACUUCCGCGGCACGCGCCGGCCCGACCCGCUCAUGGACGCCCGUCUCGUGAAGGCGCUCCGCAUGUCGUGCCCCUCCACGGGCGGGAGCGCCCGGGUCGUUGUGCCCGUCGACGUGAGCACGCCGUUCCAGUUCGACCACGCCUACUACGCCAACCUGCAGACCAGGCUGGGCCUCCUGGCCUCCGACCAGGCGCUCGCCCUGGACGCCCGGACCAGGCCGCUCGUGCAGGAGCUCGCCGCCGACAAGGCCCGCUUCUUCCAGGCCUUCGUGGCGAGCAUGGACCGGAUGGGGUCCAUCCGGAUCAAGAAGGGCAGGAAGGGGGAGGUCAGGAAAAUCUGUAGCCAGCACCUGCUCUGAUAGUCUGAUGGUCUCGGUCUCCAACAUGUACUUGUACGUCGAUCUGUGUCCAGGGCUGGAACUCAGUCUAAAAAUGAGUGAGGACAUAACAGUGAUUAGACUUUUACAACUUCAUAAAAAAGAAUUAAAUUCCCUGAAAUCCACUGAAAAACAAGAUUUCGAGCCAUCUAUACUGGGGCCGCCCAUGUCUGUGUCAGUCAGCACGGCAUAUACAGGAAGAGAUGGCUCUUUCAUGUUUACAUGUGGACCUUGCAUGUUUAGAGUUUACAAGGGCUAUUGUUUGCUGUGCAGGCCAGUUUGGUCAGAGAGCUAGUAGGUUCAUUUUCGGCUGUGUUUGUGCAGGAAAUGUAUGUGCAGAUAGCCAGGUUGGUCUCACUCUUAUGCCGUGUGCCUUCCUCUCGUUUGUUUCUUUGCGCGUGCCGGUGAAUUUGUA